AUGGCGAUGAGAGGACCGCGUCACCCCAUCGGGGCGGCGCCCUGGAUCGCAGAGGAGCGGACAACGGCUCUGCACAUUGCCCAGUCGGAGGUGGAGGAGUUUAUGUUCUCGGCCAAGAACGAGCUGGACUGGCUCAAUGAGCACAUGGCCGAGAUCUUUUCGGAGAACCAAAUAAAUGUCGCCGACAUCUUCAAGACGCCCGGCAAGUUACGCGGAAAGACGCCGCGCACAGCACGCAAAGCCAACAAGGCAGACAUCCGGGCGGGCGCCCCGAAUCCUUUUGCCGUUUCCAAACUCACAUCGAUCCAGCAGCAACAACGACGCCAAUCACCUACAUUCACAGUCGCCGAGGACAAGCCCGCGCCACCCCGGAAGAGCCCGCGCCCGAGCCCACAACGCGUUGUCCCUGCCAAGACAGCCGCCGCUGCAACGGCAAAGGCGAAGACAGUGGUAGCGUCAGAUCAGAACACGAAGAAGGCAACAUCCAGAACUGUCGCACCCGUUGCUGCUAAACCAACAAAGGCAGCAUCCUCGCUUAUUGACUCUGGAUAUCAUGGAAGUCAAUCGCAGGACGUGGCCUUUGGCUACGAUGAUGACGAAGACGAACUGGCCGGUGAUGACAUGUCUACCCAGCCCUUCUCACAACCGACACGUCCCGCGACGCCGGAAGUCAUCGUUCGCAAGCCCGUUCCUGCCAAGGUAUUGGAUAAGCAGAAGGGGGCAGCCACAACAACGACCGCGGCAGCAUCAGCAGCAGACUUGGCCAUGUCUCCCGAUGUAAUGGCAGACCACCCAAGCCCAACACAGCCCACCGUGGAACCCACUUUCCACUCGGCCAAGGAAGAACAGACGGCAGUGAUGGCCCCAACCGCUCCGCCUGCCGACAAACCUGGGUCUCCGUCUCCCGAUACCGAGGUUUUGUCAUCCUCUCCAUUCUGCCCUGUCGAGUCGCCUUCGUCUGCGCGGCCGACCAAGGCCGCGUCCCCGGUAAAGGCGCCACCCGUCGCGUCACCGACACGGAAACCCGUUCCUGCCCCUUCAUCCCCCCUCCAGUCAACUACACCUGCCUGCCCACCGCCUCGUGAGCUUCUAUCCGCGAUGGGUGCUUCUGCACCCACUGCCUCAGUCGCAUCACCGGCACAGGCCUUCGUGAAUGUCCCACCGGCUGUUCCCACCCCGCCAAUGGCAUCUGUACCGGCCUUCAUUGCAGAGAAGCGUGCUGCUAUUGCUUCGUCCUGGCAAUAUAAAGAGGGGGCUGGGAAGGAAGUCGAGGACGUUGUUGUUUACGAGGAGGAAGCACAUGACGAUAUGGUUGAGGACAAUGCCGUCGCUGAGGAGGGUGUUCUCCAGCCACAAAAGGAACAGGAACAGGAACGGGAGCAGGAGCAGGAGCAGGAGCAGGAUGAGGAAGAAGUUAAGGAGGAGACUGCAGCGCGUUCUCCUUCAGACCCGUCUAGCCCUGUUCGGCCGAUGGUUCGCAAGAGCAGCAUGAACUUCGCUUCUCUCCCUGCACGUGCUCCCUUCACCUCGAACAAGAGCCUUGGAGGUGCUGGGGCAGGAUUGGCUCGCGUUGACCAGGCGCGGACGAGCUAUUAUAACCGUCCCACCGGUGGUAAGAGUAUUGGAAACGUGCGGAUGGAGAACGACGAUGACCAGGAUGACGAAAGGAACGCCGGUGUGAACAAUGAAGCCUCUGGCGAAAAGGACAUGGCGGCACAAAACAAGACGUAUGCUCAGCGACUCCACGAUCGGAUCAGCAUGCUGGGCAAGUCACAGGCUAAUGCGCCGCGUCCUUCCAAAUCUCUGGCCGCCCUUGCCCACCACCAGGAGACGAAGGCCCAGCAGCAAAAGUCGCUGUCUCCGAAGAGAACUGCUACUUCAGUUGCCGCACCUGGUGCAUUCCCCGAAGACGAGGAAGAUGACGAUGACGACUGGAUUGUCCCUCCUGCAAACGCUGCGGCGGCCAGUACGAGCCCUGCGAAGACCCACGCCAUCGUUCCCUCGCCCACGACAGAGGGCCCUGAUACUCCCGGUGCCCAGACCGAAUUUGUACUUCCGAAGCAGCGCCUGCAAGAUGUGUCUCGGCUUGCAUCGCCUAAGAGGGUGCAAGCACCAAUCAUUCCUGAAAGAACAACCAGCACAGUCACCGGCCACAUGAAGUCAGUUUCUGUGCCCUCGCUCCCAGUGUCUGAUUCAUCGGCUCUUAUUACGACAAAGCCUAUCUCGGUCUCCAAUCCUGCCAAUGCCGCCCACGUUGUUCUUGGCGCAGUUUCUGAACUGCAGGACAGGCCACCGUCGCCAUCCAAAUCCCCGUCGCGCAACUACCGCGACAGUCCUCUCAAGCAGGUUAAGAACAAACUGUCUUCCAUUCUUAAAACGUCCAAAGGUCUUCUUGCUAGCAGCGCGGCAUUGAGUGCCGAGGGCAAGUCCUCACUGCUUUCUCCGCCAUCGACUCGUCUUGGGCUUCUUAUGGGCCCGUCAACCGACAGCCUCACCUUCAAGUCUCGCAAUGACAGCACGGCAGACCUUGCGCGCCCUGAUCUUUCCCGGCAGACGUCAGCCACCACCACCGUGUCGACGACGUCGUCUGCCUCAGCAGCUUCGGCCGCCUCGGCCGCCUCAGAUGUGCCGUCGAACCAGGAAUCACCUGCGCGUCCUGAGAAGUCACCAGUUCGUUCUGAGAGUCCGACGCGACCGCGCAAGACUCGUGCUUCUACAGAAAGAGAGCGCCGCGAGAUGAAGCAUCGCGAGAAGGAGCUCAAAGAGGUGCAGCGGAUGGCCGAGCAGAUGGGCAAAUUGGAGAAGAUGCGUGAGAAGGAGCGCGAGAAGGCUCGUGUGUUUGUGGAGGAGCAAGAAAAAGCCGCCGCUACUGUAGAGAAGCCUGCGCAGACGCCUGCGCAAAGAGAGCUGAGAGGUCACAAGCAGCCACGACCGCAGCAGCAGCCGAAGUCACAGCCACAGCCGGUGGCCGACAGGGACGACGACAUGGACGAGCUGUCUCAGCAGCCUCCGCCGAAGCCUAAGCCAGAGUCGAGCUCUCCAAGUCGUGUGGCAGCGAAGCCUACCCGGACAAGUCCACGCAAAGCCAAACAGCAGCAGGCUGACAACGAUGUGGACAUGGCCGAUGCUCCUGCUAGCAUGCUCCCGCCUGCUCCUCCUGCCCACAGCACAGUUACUGCGAACUCGUCGGUUCCCCGGUCGGCACAAAGUACUCGAGCCAUCCGGCGCCCGAUCAAGCCAACCAAGGAUGCUCCCUCCAAGACGAAGCAAGCCCCUACGGUCAUCCGUGUCAACACAUCCAGCUCACAGCAGCACCAGCAGCAGUCUUCGCAGUUCCACCCUUCCAACAGCAUUCUUGCUGCAUCCCUGCACGAGACUCUUGUCGGCCCGCCACAGCUGAAGAACAAGGCUAGUACCGCAUCUCUCCACACGAAGCCAUCCUUGCAGAGUCUCAAGAGCUCUGUUUCUUCGACGGGUCGCCCCAAGGCUCUGGAGCUAGCUGCCAAGCGCAAGGAGGUUGAGGAGCGGGAGGCACAACGGAAGCGUGAUGCGAAGGCGGAGAUAGAGCGGAAACGGGCUGCUCUGCAAGAGCAAGAGGAGCAGCGGAAGCAGGAGCUACAGAAGCAGAGAGAGCGGGAACGCGAACGCGAGCAGGCGGCGGCUGAGGCGGCCGCCGCCAAGAAGCGGCAAGCGGCCAUUGAGAAGGCCAAGCAGACACGGGCGCCACCUCCUGUGCAGCGUACGCAGCUGCCCAGCGGGCCCUCGACUGACCACGGAAGAAGCGAAGCUCAGCCUCCCCGGCCGCAGUCUCGCCUGGCUACGGCGACUGGCACAAGCAUGCACCGCUCUCAGGAGGAGCAGCAUCGGCCGGUCAAUGCUGUGCUUUCCCAUACAGGCAAGGCACUGUCGAAGCGGCCUCUUCCUGGUACCGACACCUACGAAAGUCAAAACCACGGUCGUCCGGGUACCGCUGGCGGCAACGGCGGUGGUGGCAACAUGCCAUCGUACCAGCACAAGGAUGCGAAGCGAAUCCGGAUGAGUGAAGAGUUCGACGAGGACGAGCUGGAGAUGGGCGGCCAUGCGGUGCGCGUCUCCAGCAUCAAAGGCCCGCCGAUCCGCCCUUCACAAGGUUUCAAGAAGGACCUGCCGAACAAACCAGUCUUUGGUAACGGCUACCCUACGGCACAGACGAAUGUGUCGCGUGAUCUCUUCAAAUCCACGGUCACCGCGCAGCAUAACUACCAGACCAAGACGGCUCACCCAAUGGACAUGGCACAGGUGUCCAAGGCAGCGAUCUCCUUUGCUCCUAGUGGCAAUGGCGCGACUUCGGCUGCUGCGGCAGUGGCAGUGGCAGCAGCCUCGCAAGGCACGCACAAGACACCACUACGGCCGGCUGGCGCACCGCAGGCAGGAAAGUCGACGGCGAAAUCGGCCGCCAAGUCUGUCGGCAAGUCUGCGGCGAAGUCUUCGCCCCGCUUCCCGAACGGUGACGCCAUUGAGCUGCCUGACAUCCAGACCGAUGACGAAGACAGCGAGGAGGAGGUUGUUAACGCGGCGCCGUGGGCAGACUCGCCGGAUCUGCGCCGGGCACUCAUGCGGCAGGAGACGGUCGAUCCCUUCCAGGUGUUCGGCCCGCCUGGUCCCCUUAACAUGGAAGAGGUGUUCAACAAGAGCAAGGACCGUUGGCACAAGUUCCGUGCGCGUGGCAGCAGUGCCAACUGGAGCGGUAUCGACCGUCUCACAGAGGACGACAUUAGGAAAGAUCUUGCUGCACGCGACAAGAUUCGUCGUGAGGGCGGCUGGUCCUAUGAGCUGGGCAAGGAUAUGUUGUAA